CACUGUAAUAAUAAGAAUAACGUGCACCUGCUGUGUAUUUAGCGGCAGGUCCGACGCAAACAGCGCAGUGACGGGCAUCCUGCCUCAAGAGCCAGACUUAUAAACACACUGAUCCGUUUCGUAUGCAGCCCAGCAUCCCUUCACCUCCUCCCUCUGCACCCCCCUCCCUCCUCCUCCUCCUCUAAUACACCGGAGUCCGGUGACUCCGUUUACGUUUUACGCUUGCUCCGCCCCUCAGUCGGUUUUGUCCAAAUCGGGCUUUUUGCGUCGCCGGAGCUCCCGGUUUCAGGCCGACGUCAUCAACGAGUAGAGGGAAGAGCUGACGUCGAGGAAGAGUCACCGAAAGGAGAGGGCAUAGGUGAGGGAGGGGGGAGAGCUUAACCAAUGCAAACACAGAUAUCUUCAGCCCCCCUCCUUCCCUUUUACGUCGGUGUUGGGAGCCCCCCUACUCCGGCGGAGUCCCAGGCUAUAUAAGUGACCGGCGAGCAGAGUCCCUCAACCAGAUUUACGGGUUCCGGACUUGAGUGUGCGAUAGACGGCGACUAGAGCCGCCGAUUCACCUGCACUCCGUGAGGGGGGACGGACAUCCACAGCAGCCGGCCAGCAUCCCAGCUGGGCGCUGUGGUGGAGCUACUACAUCAGAUAGACAGAUAGACAGACAGACAGGACAGGACAGGACAGGAGAAGGUUUUCAGAACCUUACUCUCUCACACACACACACCGUAGCUGAGAUGAAAGUGCAAUAACACACCUCAGAGCUUUUCUCACAAACUGUCUCCAGACACGGGGACACUUUCAGCAGCGACACGACGUCAAACAGCACUCCGCUCCACAACUCUCCAAACCCGCACCUGCAGGAAUUUCCGAUCAGUUCACCGCAACAAUGUACCGCUCAACCAAAGGAGCAUCCAAGGCUCGAAGGGACCAGAUCAACGCCGAGAUCCGGAACCUGAAGGACUUGUUGCCCAUAACCGAUGCAGAUAAAGCUCGGCUCUCAUACCUGCACAUCAUGUCACUCGCCUCCAUGUACACCAGGAAAUCCGUCUUCUUCACCCAAGAAGCGGGAACAGCCGCUGGCAGCCUCGAGGAAAGCAGGCAGUUUCUGUCUUUCCAUGAACUGUCGGAGUUGGUGCAGGCGUUGCCGGGCUUUCUGAUGCUGCUGACUGGGGAAGGGAAGCUCCUGUACAUGUCAGACAGCGUCUCUGAGCAUCUUGGACACUCCAUGGUGGAUCUUGUGGCACAGGGUGACAGUGUGUACGACAUCAUCGACGCCUCUGACAGCCUGACCAUGAGGACGAACCUGUCAACCUCUACAUCACUUGAGAUAGAUCGUCUCUUCCGCUGUCGUUUCAACACCUCAAAGUCAGUGCGGAGGCAGAGUGCUGGGAACAAGCUGGUUCUGAUCCGAGCUCGCUGCCUUUCUCCCCCUUCCACUUCUUCAGCCGGCGGGUCCUACUGGACCUCCAACCCUGUGUGGGUGUGUUUCUGCUCCCCACUGGAGACGCACCCGACUCGGUCCGGCCCCGGGGCGGAGAGGGAGCUGACCUCCACCCCUCCACUGGCUGAUACCAACUUGUUUCUGACCUGCUUCUUCUCCCAACAUGGCCGGGACAUGAGGCUGGAGACAGCGCAGGACAGUGUGAGCGCCUAUCUUGGCUUUGAUGUGACAGCUUUACGCUCCCGCUCCUGGUACAGCCUCCUCCACCCACAGGAUCUGUCACAUGCCUCCGCUCAGCACCGUAGCCUAUUGAGAGAGGGAGGAGAAGGCAGAGCUGAGAUGGUGGUGCGUGUGCAAGCUCAGGACCAGUCGUGGGUUUGGCUGUACAUGGUGCUACAGCUGCAGCCGGGAGAAUUCCCCAUCAGCAGCAACAACUACGUCAUCAGUGAGUCUGAGGCCUGGUCAGUGCGUCAGCAGCUCACCACAGAGCAGACCCAGCUGACCCUGGUUCUGACCACUGGCACCUCCCAGCAAGAGAGUCUGAGUCUGCAGUCCCCAGACACCCUGUCCAGCCCAGACCAGGUCUUCACCCCAGGCAGCAGCGGCCUGUCGGCACAGUCCUUUGACUUCAGCACCACUGGCUGCAGUGUGGGCUCUUCUGAUGAACCGGGCAGCUCGGCUGCAGAGCCUAUGCAGGUGGAGGGUGACCCUCGCUCCAGCAUCUCCUCCCUGGAGGAGGAAACCUUCUUCCAGCAGCAUCCUACGGAGAGCCCCUCCGCUGCCUCCUCCCCCACCCCGGUUACUGUUGAAACAGUGACAGACUUGGACUUUUUGACCCAAAACAUUCUCCUCCCGCCGUCCUUCCAGCUUGAGCCCCCGCUGCCAUCUCUCCCCCUGCCUCUCCCACCUGUCCCCACCUCAGAAGCUCAGCAGACCAAAGAGUUUGUCUGCACACCGCCCUACACUCCACACAUCAGUGGGGCCAGCUUCCCCUUUGGUGAACCCCUCUUCAGCUUCGACCCCACUGGCACCACCACACCUCCGCUCUCUGCUACAACAGCCACGGCCACCACCUCGUUGGCCCCUUCUGCGCCCUCCACUGCCCCUCCCACUACCACCUCCAGCCCUGCUCCACCCACAACACUCUCUACCAAGCUUCCCCUCACUCUACCAACUCUCUCCACUGACCUCCUCUUCCCAGUGGAGCCAUGUAGUGGCUCCCUGUAUGAGAAGCUGCCCCCUACACCUGACAGCCCUGGAGAUGGUGACUGCACAGUCAUGACACUGCCCGAGGUGCGGGGUCCACUGUAUGUAGAUGUACCAAUGGGGCCACUCCAGUGUCCCCCCGAGGGCCUCCUCACCCCUGAGGCCUCACCUGGUAAACAGCCCUGCCUCUCCUUCUUCUCCUUGGAGAGAGAGAGGGAGAAAGAAAGGGCAGAGAUCUCGCUCUUAGCUCAACACAUCAGCUCAUUGGCAGAGGGGUUCUAUCUAGAUCCACUCCUGUCCAAACUCUCUCCUCCCUCCAUGUCACCCUCAUCCUCCCCUCCCUCCCCCUUCCUGUCCCCCAGCUUAGAAACCGCUGGCGUCGAUUCAGUCCACAUGCCUAGGGAGUUUUAUCCCAUCAAAGCAUGGAGAGGUCUGGACAUUCCCAUGUUCCUAGACGAUGAUGACUCUCUGUUUGAAGAGAGCAUCCUAGAAACUUUGCUCCAAGACGACUUCGCUCCCCCUCCUCCUCAGUCCCCCUGUCCUUCAUCCCCAUCCCCAUGCACCUCUCCCGUGCCCAACCCCACCAGCCCAGCCUCUCCUCAAACCCCAGUGUACUGGCACCAACCCUCCCAGUUUGAGGGAGUGGGCCACUUCUGUAGCGUCCAAUCGGCGCAAUGUAACUCCACAGCCGGGUGUGGGGCGACUGUGGCCUCCGAGGCUGGGGUGAAUGCGGUAGGGGAGGGGCUUGGGGAGGAAGCAAUGGAGAUCGAGGUGGCGUCAUCUCCUAUGUCCUCUUGCUCCUCCAUCCCAGCGUCCCCUCCCCUCAUUCUCACCGUCUCCCCCGGCCCGGCCACCGCCAUGCCCAUCGGCUCGCCCACACCUGCUGUGUCUUGCACUCAGUCCCUCCUGGAGGAACUGGCCGUCCUGGAACCCAUGUUUGGGGCAGGUGCCUCGAUCGCCCCUGGCUUAGGGCAACAACCUGAGUUGUAUCAACUCCAAUGUCAUCCAUCGCCACAGUGCUUCCACAAAGAUGGGAGUGGAAGUGUUCCUCCGUUCUAAAAUAAGUCUGUGACUUACUUCAUUAAGUAUGGCAUAUUGUCAUAUUUUGUGGAGCCACUUUUACUGAAAAGUAAAACAUAAUUAAGUGUAUAAAUAUACAUAAUGUAUAUACAACUUAAGGACUUUAACUCCUACAUGUCUCCUGAGAACAAAGAUUGGCUUGAUAUUUUUGUUCAGUCCAUAGUCUGUAAACUACUACAAAACUGGUGCAACAUUUACACGAUGGUGCGACCGCAUGGACCCAUAACUGACUGGGUUUUGGGCCCAUGUGGUGUCCGUCU